AUGACUGAAGGAAUAGGGGAGGAUGAAAAGCUCUAUACUGAUCAAAUCUUUGAUGAAGACACAUUCUAAAAUGCAAAUAACUCUAAUAAUUCAGUUAUCAAUAAUUAUGUGCAUGAGACACUUAAGAUUGAGGAUUAAUUGCCUAUUGACUUAUUUAACCUUACAAAUGAUGAAAUUGAAGAUGAUGGAAUUAAUAGCUCUGAAGAAGAUGAACAUCAGUAAUAAAAGAUAAAAAAGUCUAUGCAGAUAGGGCAAUAGAUGAAUAGAGAGAAUAUGAUUAAGAUGAGUUAAAUUGCUCCGUUUCUGAAUACUACUCAUGGCUAGUACUAGUAGCCAUUUAAAGGUGGUUGGACAGCUUUGAAUUAAUACUUCGAAAACACCAAAGGAAAUGCAACUCUGUUGUUUAAUUUAGUCUCCUAUGACUUUGAAGAGAAAAAGUACUCAUACUCCCUCACAAGACAUGUCAACAAUAAUACUGUCUACACUAGGUUUGAAAUCAAAUUAAUACUGCAAGACUACAUAUAUCUGGAUAACUAUGUACAAAUAGAAACAACUAGCAUUUUAGGUUAUGAGCCUUACAACAAGAUGAAUUUGGAUGUUAAUCAUAGUACGAUGGGAUAUCAUAACUAUCAUGGAAUCGUCAAAGAGGCAUCAUUGCUUACUAUAAAUAAUGCCAAGAGUAAGUUUAUCUCGUUACAUUUAUUUGCUUCAGAUUGCUCAUUGAAUAUGUCUUUUUAAAUCCAAGAUAUUACCGAACAAUACGACAUGAAAGAUCACAUUUUCCAUUUGAUUCUCUCAAGUAAUGAUGAACACUAACUUAAUGAUAAGGUGUAUAAGAUUAACAUGCUGCUUGACAAUGCUGAUACUAAUAAUAAAUGCUUUCCAGGACCAGUGAAAGGUGAAUUCUACAAUGUAGACUUCUCGAAUCCUAAGGCCAAAAUAUUCAGGUAUUGUAUGACGUACAUGGGUCUUACUAUUAUACUAAUCUAUGCAAUGGUCUUUGAGUAUGUCAAGAUUACUUAGGAUCAGAGAGAAAAUGCUCAGAAUAUUUCCUUAAUAUCACUGGGAGUGCAUUCAAUUUGGAAUAUUCUAUCAUUGAUCAUUCAUCUGAUUCUCUCAUACUAGCUAUUCAGCAAUUACUCCAAGAUGAUUUGGGCGCCAGUAGUCUGCAACAUGAUUCUUCACUUUGUGAUUUAGAGGAAAUUGAUAGUCGCAGUUUGGAAAGCUCAGCAAAGUUACUUUAUUGUGGAGUAGGACAUGCGCAACAGUGAGAUGAGGUGCUACAGCAGAUACUACUUCUUCGUCUUUUUAUUCCUAAUAUCGGUCUACAAGAUCCUCACCAUUGACAUACUAAUGGCUUAUAUGAGAGGCUGUCCUAAUAACAUCUUCAUGACUCAACCCCACAACUCAACAGUUGUUAUAAUAGUCACAUCAAUUACCUUGCAGAUAUUUAUACUCAUAGUCUAAGCUAUCAAGAAUCCAGUGAGAUAUCUACCGAGAAUGAUGCGCAGACGAGUCAGGAGGAUAAUCAGAGAAAGAAAUCGUAGGAUUAGAGAGUUUAAUGGAUCUCAUUAGUAUUUCAUUAAGUUUAAGAAAGCUGUAGUCCAAAAGAAGAAGAAGUCUAAUAAGAAGAGAAACUAGCAUGAGAUAUUAGAUGAUCCUCUUGAGCUAACGCAGGAAGUAGCAAUUAAGAGUGGAGACGCUGAAAAUCAGUCUGCACAGAGAGAAAUGACUGAGGAGGAAAUUAAAAAUAUGGACUGUGUAAUUUGCCUAAGUCAGUUGAAAUAGCUACCCUGUGAUGUGAAUCCAGAUGGCACAGUAGCUGCAGGAGUUGAGAUAGUACUAACUAAAGGGUACAUGCAAACUCCUUGUAACCAUAAAUUCCACAAGAAAUGUCUCCUUUAAUGGAUGAAUAUGAGGAUGGAGUGUCCCACCUGCAGACAGAGACUUCCUAGAAUUGAGUUAUACGACGACUUAGGAUCUGGAUCUGAUACUGAUUCUGAUUUGGAAAUGAAUUAUAGACGGUGA